CAGUGAAGACAGCAGUGUGGGACUUCUUUCUGUCAAUGCGUCACCUGCAUGUGCUGUUAGCUACGUUCAUGAAACCAACGACAAGCCUGCUGUCUGUCUGCAGCCAUGGCGAGUCCUCAUGACCUUCAGUUCCAAGAGUUCGAGGAAGCAGCAGAGCUGUUGUCUGCAGACCCGGGGGCCUCCACGCUCAGCAUGUCCAACCCCCUCGCCGCAGCAGGGGACGGAGAGGACGUGAAGCUGGACCUCUCCGAGGACGAGGAGGGUCAGGAGGAGAGCUCCGAGCUGUUAGGGGGACAGAAACCAGCUGGAGGCUUCUGGACCUUUGAGUACUACCAGUCUUUCUUUGACGUGGACACAGCGCAGGUCCUGGACCGAGUGAAAGGGUCAGUGAUGCCAUUACCUGGAAGGAACUUCAUCAAACACCACCUGAGGAGCAACCCGGAUCUAUACGGGCCUUUUUGGAUCUGUGUGACCCUGGUGUUCUCGGUAGCGAUCAGUGGGAACCUGUCCACGUUCCUCAGUGAGAUGGGGAACCCCUCGUUCCACUACCGCCCACAGUUCCACCGAGUGACCAUAGCGGCGGUGGUGAUCUUCAUGUACGCCUGGCUGGUGCCGGUUGCUCUCUGGGGUUUCCUGAGCUGGCGGCAGGGGUCCGAGAGGCAGAUCGGGGGCUACUCCUUCCUGGAGACGGUGUGUGUGUACGGCUACUCCCUCUUCAUCUACAUCCCCACCUCGGUCCUGUGGAUCAUUCCCUUCGAGUGGUUGCGCUGGACCCUGAUCCUGGUUGCCAUGGUAAUCUCUGGCUCCGUGCUGGUGCUGAGCUUCUGGCCCGCCGUGCGCGACGACACCAAGGCGAUGUCGGUGGCGACGGUGGUGACCAUCGUGGUGCUGCACACGCUGCUGGCCGUGGGCUGUAAGAUGUACUUCUUCCAGACGGCCGUCCACGUACCAGCAUCCACCCCGACAGCCGCCCCACUUCCCAUCGCCGUGGCAACAGGACCCCACUGACCAAUAGGAAGGAGGCAGAGUCUCUGAUGUGUUCCUGCUCGGGACCAGCUGCUGAUGUGAUUGUGUGUCUCCUGAUGCUGUGCUGGACUGAAGCAGCUCCUGUUCACUGCAACACGUGGACAUGUGUACAGGGAAGACUGAUGUUCACAAUGAUUCAUUGGUGUAAGGAAAGUGUAAAUGUCCUAAACCAAAUGCAAACAUUAAACGUGCUGCGGCCA